CUCCUUCCCAUUCUCUCAGACUCAGACUUUUUUUUUUCCUUUCUUCGUUUGCGUGUGCGCCAACGUCCUUUUCUACUCCUGCAAAGAAGAUAAAGACGGUUCCUGAGAUCUACUUCUUGUUUUUAGUUAUUUGAAAGUCCCUUUGCGUUCGCGCUUUUACCACUUACAACAACAGCGACGAAUAAUGACGGCAACAAACGGAUCCGUGUCGAUUGAGCUACAAUGGCCUACUAUUCCCCCUCCUUUACACGACGUUACAAACAACACUGGACUGCAAGAAAUUGAAGAUAGCAAAAAUGGGUCUCCUACUGUCGAAAAGCACGAUCCAAUGCUUCGUGCUACUGCAGUGGGCGAAGCUGUAACCGUGGAUGAAUCACUCUUAUUCGAACAGCAGCAGCAGCAGCAAAAGGGGACGCAGAACGAAGAGUCACCUCAGAAUUCUAUGUCCCCUGAGACAAAUACGCACAAUGACUGUCAGCAAUCCAAUGUGAUGGAUAUGACCACUACGCAUCCAUUGUCACUCAACAACAACGUUGAAAAGACACCAGAUCCAUCAAUGCCAUCUGUUUCAGAAAAGGCAUCAACAACGACGCCCAUUGUAGUUGUCGGUAGCAUACCAUGCAAACGCACGUGUGAAGAUCCCUCAUUCGACUACCCUGGUGAUACCGAUGUCAAGCGUGCGCGUGCCGGCGAACCAACUUCAUCAUUACUCUCCUCCUCUUCUACUGCUAUCGCAGUCCCACAGCCAAAGGUUUGGUGUCGACGAUGUGGUACCACUAAAACGCCUCGUUGGCGGGGCGGACCUCUUGGUUCACACACAUUAUGUAAUGCUUGUGGCCUUCGUUGGAAAAAUGUGGGUAAACCGGUCGAAGGCUUCAACAAUCCUACCUACCCUCCACCCGAACUCCCUGAGGCUUUAAAACCUAAGGUCUUAGUGCCAAAAGCAAGGGCACCCAAACCAAAGGAAUUGCAAACACGAGAAUCAAAAGCAAGGGGGGCUUCACAAACCGCCGUUGAGAAAAAGGGAGGAAGCAGCAACAGAAAAGGUAAGGUUAAUGUAACGAUUCGAUUGAGAACUUCUUUCAUUUAACGCAUUAGCUUUAACUGUUGUCAUAGAUAUCCGCAAUGAAAAACCUCGCAAUCAGACUACCGUCAAAAAAGAGGCAGCAUCUACUACGAGAUCGACAC